UGGCGCGGCCGUGGACGUCAGGCUUACACUAGUGGCAAUUGGCUGAGGCUAUGUGGUGCGGACGAGUGCUGGCGCAAGUGAUUGGACGUGUCUUUAGGGGGCGGGGCCUGGAGGCGGGGCUUGCUGCGAAGAGCGUUGAAAUAAGGCGCACAGGACUUCACAGCAUUUCUAGCUGGAAUCUCUGUGUUCUAGGUCAGAUCAGACAUUCUCUCACAAUGCCUGAAAUAAAUACCAGCCAUCUUGAUGAACAACAGGUUCAACUUCUGGCAGAGAUGUGUAUUCUUAUUGAUGAAAAUGACAAUAAAAUUGGGGCUGACACCAAGAAAAAUUGUCACCUGAAUGAAAACAUUGACAAAGGAUUGUUGCAUCGAGCUUUUAGUGUCUUCUUAUUUAAUACUGAAAAUAAGCUCUUGUUACAGCAGAGAUCAGAUGCUAAAAUUACCUUUCCAGGUUGUUUCACCAAUAGUUGCUGUAGUCAUCCAUUAAGUAAUCCAGGGGAGCUUGAAGAAAACAACGCCAUCGGUGUGAAACGAGCUGCGCAGAGGCGCUUGAAAGCGGAACUGGGCAUCCCCUUAGAAGAGGUUGAUCCAAAGGAAAUGCAUUAUCUAACACGAAUUUACUACAAGGCCCAGUCUGAUGGUAUAUGGGGUGAACAUGAAAUUGAUUAUAUUUUGUUUCUGAGGAAGAAUGUAACACUGAAUCCAGAUCCCAAUGAGAUUAAAAGCUAUUGCUAUGUAUCAAAGGAAGAACUCAAAGAAAUGAUGAAGAAAGCAGCCAGUGGUGAAAUUAAGUUAACUCCAUGGUUUAAAAUUAUUGCAGACACUUUUCUCUUUAAAUGGUGGGAUAACUUAAACCAUUUGAGUCAGUUUGUUGACCAUGAAAAAAUACAUAGAAUGUAAAUGUGUAAAUGAGUUGAAAAUUUUUCUACCUUGUAAGAAUGUUUUUUUGUUUUGUUUUGAACUGGACUCCCUUGUAUAAUACAUAGGUAUUUUACAACCAUAUUUUGUUUGAGAAAAAAGCCCAAUUGACUUUCAGUAGUUUGUAUGUAUGUAUGCACUACUGUUUAUAAAAGAUAUGAGAGGUUAUUGCAAAAUUAUGCCAUAAAUAAAACUUAAUUUAGCCUGUCCAAAUACAUGACUAUGAUAAAGAAAUAAGUAGAACUCUUCAUUUUUUACAUUUUCACAAACAUUUUCAGAACACUUUGCUAUUCCUGUUUUUAUACCAUUAAAUUUUAUCAUAGGCCAGAAAAAUGAGCAAAAGAGUUUACUUAGUUGUUUCACAACAGCACUGAUAGAUUAAAUGGUCAAGGCUGGGGAUACGCUCAGUGGUACCAUGAUUGCCUUGCAGGCAUGAAGUCAUGGGUUGUUGAGUUCCUAGUCCUUAAAAUAAUUAUAACACUAAUAACAGGCACAGCAGAUUCAAGGGGGAGUAAAUGGUAUCCAGUCAUCCCUCCUAAUCUCAGGACUCCCUUCAAAACUAAAGUUCUGGGGGGCUGGAGAGAUGGCUCAGUGGUUAAGAGUACUGCCUGCUCUUCCAAAGGUCCUGAGUUCAAUUCCCGGCAACCACAUGGUGGCUCACAACCAUCUGUAAUGAGGUCUGGUGCCCUCUUCUGGCCUGCAGACAUGCACACAGACAGAAUAUAGUAUACAUAAUAAAUAAAUAAAUAUUAAAAAAAAAACUAAAGUUCUGGAAGUUCGAGUCUUGUACAAUAUGACGUUGUAUUUGAUGUAUUCACACGUCACCUCAUCUCUGGGUUGGUUGUAGCACUGACCAAAGUGUAAAUGCUAAUGUGUAUGGUUGUUAUACUAGUGAUCAGUGCACAUCAAAUUUAAUAUACAAUUGGUUUGAACCAUUGGGUGCUUAGCCCACAGUUUUGAAAGGCCUUUUCUAUAUGUUAAUUUCUGUCAUUUUUGGGUGAUUUUAUGCUUUAACCGUCCUGAAAUUAUUUUAUUGCUUAAAGUUAACUAUUAUUUUUUAGUGGUGAUGGUAACUGGUUGAUUCUUUUAAAUAGUUAUUUACCAUUUAACAAAAUCCGUUCUUCAUUAGGGUAAAAGAGAUGCUAGUUACAAGGUGGGAGUGAGUUCUUUAACAGGAGUUGAGAAGACUCUUAGCACCACCAGCACUGGGCUUGGAUAAUCUUGUUUUAGGGGUCUGACCUGGGUGGGGUGUUUAGUAGCAUAUCUGCACCCUUACACUCAAUAGAAUUUAGCACCCCUUUUCUAAGACAACAGAAAAAUGGAGAGGGGGGUGAGUUUUGAGACAGGGUCUCUCUGUGUAGCCCUGGUUUUUCUAGACUCACUCUGUAGACCAGGCUAGCUUUGGAACUCGGGAUGCACCUGCCUCUGUCUCCCAAGUGCUAGUAGUAAAGGCCUGCACCAUCAUACCCAGCAACAACCAGAAUUUCAGUGGAUAAUACCAAGUGUCCGAUAGGAGCAGAGACACCGCUGGUAGAGAACCACUGUAGGCAGGGCUUACUUUAGAAGUGGAAACAGGAGGGAAUAGCAGUGAGGAAGGUGACAAGGAAUAGAUAGAUGUUAUAAGCAUAUAUUGAGAUUCUGAUGUUAUAGGACAGGCAUAUGUUGAGAUUGUGUCUUGAUUGAUGUACUGUUUAAAACUUGCCAUUGGUGUGUCAAAUUUGAGAUCUUAAGAGAACUUUAGACUUAAGUGCUGUAUAAUAAAUACUUUUUACUUACAAAAACUAUAAAUUUUAAUUUCUUGAUAAUUCAGAACAAUUGAUUUAUCUUUGAAGAUAACAGCUAUGUAGCAAAUAUUUAUUGAAAAUUAAAAAUAAAUUAUUUUAAUAUUG